AUGGUGAAGUCAAAUGGGCAUUUUUAUACGUUGUCUGACUUACAGUCCAAGAAUAUCCAACCCAGGAACUUCCUCUCCUGGCAUGGGUUAAUAGACGCUAUUCCUGUCAAUUGGAAGAAAGAGCUAAAAUCUAAGGCGAUACCACACACUCCCCCUUUCGACCCUCAGGAUUAUAACUUGGUUUUAAAUUCUGCUAAAGUGUCUUUAUCAGAAAUGGACACCAAAACGUUUUACGAAGCGCAUAAGUCUGAUUUGCGUGAAACCCCCACAGCACAGUUGAGAUAUAACGAAAUGUUUCACGAUUCUGAGCUCGUGUGGAAUAAGAUCUACAGUUUGCCUUUUCAGGUCGCGUUAGAUACAUAUACGAGAGAUUUUCAGUACAAAAUCUUAAAUAGAAUAUUAUUUACUAACUCUAAACUAUUUAAGCUUAAACUGGUUGAGUCACCUUUAUGCUCAUUCUGUGAUAAGAACGAGGAAACCCUUGAACAUCUUUUUGUUUUUUGUGAACACUCGCGAGCCUUCUGGAAAGAAAUCUCUAGUUGGUUACAUGAAUGCGGUAUUGAAACGCUUCCUGAGCUAACAGAUCAAAUUAAUAUUAUGUUUGGCUUAUUUGAUGUCGAUAAUCUCUUUAUGCUUUUAAAUCACAUCAUGUUAAUAGCGAAGCAGAGCAUCUUUCUCUGCAGACAGAAAUCUAUUACCCCAAGCUUUAUUAUCUUCCUCGCGCACCUUAAAAAAAUUUUUAGAAUAGAAGAAUACCUAGCUAAAGAGAAGAAAAAACUAAACCUGCACUUAAUGAAAUGGGAAAAACUUUUACAAUCACUCAGUUGA